AUGUCCGUGGCAGAGAUGUUCGGAAUCCCAGUGGAAUACGAUGUGACAAAGGUGUUUGAAGUAGAGUCCGAAGACACUGGUAUAUCUACUCCAUUCUUCUAUGUAAAUAUACCAUCGGAUGAGGAUGUAAAGAGAAUAUGCAGCAGGGCAGUGUUGGUAAAGGCAUUCUAUCGUGUAUGGGCAGAGUCACCAACCUAUGAUGGCAUACUCAACGACCUAACGACAAACUAUGACAACGAGUUGCUGACAAACUUCCACAAGGAUAAGGAGUGGAAGAUUAGAUUCGAUGCAUUUGGAAGACGAUAUACAAAGGAGGAGCAGCUGGAGAGGAUACACAAGUUGAAGGUCACAGCACUGUGGGCGAAUGGAAAGGUGUCGAUGAAGCCAAGUGGAAACGCAGAGUACGUGCUGUGGGGACUGAUCGAGAACAAUGGAGUGUCGAUGGAUCUCAAUCGUCCACCUCUCAUGAUAUACUUUGGCAUUCAAAUUGCCGAGGGUAAUCGCGAUGCCAUCACCAAGUUCAAUCUGCAGGAGCGCAAGUAUCUUGGCACCACUUCCAUGGAUCCAGAGCUAUCGUUGGUCAGUGCAAACAUGGGCCAUGUGCGUCCUGGCUCCUUUGUCCUCGACCCAUUCGUCGGAACAGGCAGUUUCAUCCUGAUCAGUUCACACUUUGGCGCACAAACCCUUGGAUGUGACAUUGACAUUGGUGCAAUGAGAAAGACAAAGGCAUGCAACUUGGAGACCAACUUUGAACAACUUGGACUGCUGCAUCAACUCCAAGGAAUGGUGUUGUGUGAUAACUCGAUACCACCUUGGAGGGAGGUACCAAUCAUUGAUGCCAUCAUCACCGAUCCACCCUAUGGAAUUAGAGCUGGAGCAAAGCGUAUUGGACCAAACAAGAAUAGACGACACAAGGCACCUCCAGAGGGAAUUAAAUGGUCAUUUAUGCCACAAUCAACAGAUUACAAGGUACCAGAUGUGAUGGCUGACCUAUUGGAGCUUGCAGCAAAGAUGUUGGUAAUUGGUGGCAAGUUGGUCUAUUGGCUUCCAACAACUCCAGAAUUCAAGGAGACUGAUUUGCCCAAGCAUCCAUGUUUGAAGAUGAUUUCCAACUGCUUGCAAAUACUUACUAUGCGAUGGGGAAGAAGACUGAUAACAAUGGAGAAGGUGUUGGACUUUGAUCCAAUCGCACACGACAAGUCAAAGUUGACCAAAUUCGACUUGGGACAGAUUGAACCUCAACAUUGUGACUUGAGGGACAAGGUGUUUAGGAAGGGUGAUCACACACAGGAGAAGUCAAAGAGGCAGGUGAAGAAGGAGAUGAAGAAAGAUUCAAUCAAGUCCUAUCACAAGGAAGACGACACAUCUACUGACAAUAACGAAGAAGAGUUGCAAACUACCAACUCAACAACCUCGACUACAUCGACCACCACAACGACAACAGAGUCCUUUGAUUCGACGCCGGAAAUCAACGAACAAUAA